CGUCAGUCCCUGUGUCUGUCAAAAAUGCAAACAGUGAAUUGAUUGUAAGAGACAAAUUGGAUUGGACAUACUUUUUAAAAGCUGAUAUAAUGCGCGCAAACUUUUAUUUUCACCAUAUAGAUCAUUAGGGAUUUAAAAAAGCGCGUGUCCGUCGGUCUAGUGUGAACUCAACAAGAAGAACGAACAUUUCAUUUUCGACUCAGACGCUGAUACACGAAAGACCCAACCAUGGCCUCUGGGGUGACAGUGACUGAUGAAGUUAUUACAGUCUUCAAUGAGAUGAAGGUCCGUAAGGCCCAGGCGAAUGAGGAUGAGAAGAAGAAGAGGAAGAAGGCAGUGCUGUUCUGUCUCAGCGAGGACAAGAAGCACAUUGUCCUUGAAGCAGGUAAAGAGAUUCUGACCGGUGAUGUGGGUACCACCAUCGCAGACCCUUACCUGCACUUUGUCAAGAUGCUGCCUGCAGACGACUGUCGCUACGCCCUCUAUGACGCAACCUAUGAGACCAAGGAGACCAAGAAGGAGGACCUUGUCUUCAUCUUCUGGGCCCCAGAAGGUGCUCCACUGAAGAGCAAAAUGAUCUAUGCCAGCUCAAAGGAUGCCAUUAAGAAGAAAUUCACAGGUAUCAAGCAUGAAUGGCAAGUUAACGGUUUGGAGGACAUCAAAGAUCGGCGCACCUUAGCAGAGAAGCUUGGAGGCUCAUCAGUGGUCACCCUUGAAGGUGGGCCUGUAUAAAUCCACUCUGUCAACUGAGGCCUACAGGGAAAGAAAAAACAGAAUUUAAGUCCCGGGGAUAUGGCUGUUGAUUCCAGAAUGAGAAGGAAUUGGGCGAGGGGGGUUUAGAGUACAAAUAAGAUGGGGUGGAGGGUAUCUUGUUGUGGGGAGAAAGAUCAAGUAUGCUAUUUCAUGGUUUAAAAUUGUGGUUAUCAUUCCACUUCUCACAAUGAAGAACAAACAUAGACAAGUCUCAAUUUGUGAUGAAGGAUUAUGACAAAAUAGAUUAAGAUUUGCGUCAACAUUUCCAAGAUUGUCCUUGCAAUUUCCAAAUGAAUGAAGAACAAAAUGUGGUUUAUACAAUGAAAUCAUUAAGGAGGAUAUUUUUUAAACAGAUGAGGACUGGGUAUGUAUCUUGUAUGAUGGUGUAUGGAUCAGGCAGAGCAAAAAGAAACUUGAGUGAAAAAUCGAAGUUUAUUGGUCACAAACACAGUUAAGCAGGUGUCAGCGGUGCAGUAAAAAUACUUGUUACUUGCUGGGUAAACUUGUCAAUUUAUGCACUUUGUUCACACCUAAUUUAUUUGAUGGUAAUUCCUCUAUUGACAAAUUUGUUCUUUAGCAUAUAAGUAGUUUAAACUAGGUUUAUUUUCCAACAUGCUUCCCGUACAAGUAGAAAUAAAAAACAUAGCAUUAUUCCAGGAAGUUAUUUCCAAGACCUUCCAGCAAACAAUUGCUGUGUACAAAAAUGCAUUCCUUUUUUCUUGAUGAAAUUUCAGAACAGCUUAAACAUAAAUUGGUUGAGGGUUUAACAAGAUGGAGUCAGGGGUAUGUAGUAAUGUUGGUGGCUCCAGUUGGAAGAAGCCUAUGAGAGAAGGUAAAGUGUGGAUGGAUAUAUUGUGGGUGUUUUUGUCAUGUCUAAAUAAAGAAAAUGCACUUACAUUUA